CUUCUGGUUUGCAUUCCAGUGCAAAAAGAUGAUACUGUCCAGAGCGAUUAAGAAGGCUGCGGGGAAGCUUGAAAAAAGGCCAGCUGAGGCGCCCAAAACAUCCAUGGACAUGGUCUUCACCUUAGCAGAAGCCAUUAGGUUCGGUUAUGCAGAGACACUCGGCAAAUGGGACCUCUCCGACCUCUUAGACUUACCUAGAGCCAUCAUCCAUGGUAUCAUGGAAAAGGGUAAGAAAACACUUGCAAUCGAAUGUAAAGAAAGAGAUGAUUGUGUGCAACUCACAGACCCCGAAUUAUUAAAGGAAUUGUAUGACCUCAAAAAAUGCUUGACACGCACCAUGCUUUUCAGCAAUAGACGCUUUCGUUCCUUUCUAUUUGCUGCUGGAUUCGUCAAGGAAGAUGUUGUCCUAAGGAAGAGAAGAGCUCGGAUUCUGAAGCCUGCUUUCACAGUGAUACGUGAUAAAGAAUCAAAAUGUUUGUUUGUGUUCAUCCGUGGAACUCAGGAAGGAAAAGACUUGUUGACAGAUGUUAUCGGUGCUCCCGUGUCCUUCAAUCAUUUCGUUUGCAGUGAUGGUGAGCUGAAGAGGAACAACGUGAUUUCAGGACAUGGGCACCGUGGAAUGGUUGCUUCGGCUCGUUGGAUCAAAAAGCACUGCACUCCUAAACUUCUGGAUGAACUUCGUCACUACCCCGAUUUCCAAGUCAAGAUCGUUGGGCACUCACUUGGUGGUGGUACUGCUGCAUUAUUGACAUACAUGCUUAGAGAAAUUAAACAAUUCGCUUCGUGCACUUGUGUCACCUUUGGAUCAGGCAUCUGCCUGUAUGUCAAUGGAAAUGGCGGAAUUCGGGAAGCCCUUUAUCACUUCCAUUGUGAAUAG